AUGGUCGAUCGGACCGUGUAUACGGCGGAUAAGACCCCAGAUCUGCCCUUGAGACAGAUCCUGGGCCGUCAACGGGUCUCCAAUGAGCUCUGCAAGACUGCGGCUGACGCGGGAUUGCUCAAUGUGGAGACCUUUGCGAUGCUGGGCGACAACAUCGCGGGGGUCAAAGCCACUCUGAAGACGAUCAUCCCAGACCCGGCAUCCUUUGGCCCUGAUGCGCCCUCGCAAGAGCUCGCGUUGACCGCUCUCGCGGCAGUUUGGAAGACCUGCUCAACCAUGCAGGACCAUUUCGCGGCUCGAAGGGCCAAGAUGGAGGAGGAUCCCUCGAAAGUCCCCGAAAUCCCUGGCGAAGAUCAUGCUGAAUUUAGGGAGACUUUCGUGGCUCGCCAUCCAGAUGUGGUUCUUCCCUUGCACCGGGAACCCCACAGAAAGUUCGUCGAGCGUGUUCAACGGGACUACUUGGUGCAUGGCUUUGUGCAUUUCUAUGAGGUCGGCGAGAUCCGCACCCGGAACGAGCAGAUCGCUCAAAAGUCAGGCCUCACGAAGAAUGCCGAGGAUUUGCUCCGGGUGGUGAUGAUCGAUCAGCCCACCUCUGCCAGCUCCGAAUCACAGGUCAUGGACAAGUUGCACGCGUUCUUCAUCACCUUAGAAUAUCUGAACAUUUGCGAGUUCUCGUUUGCGGCCGGCCCCCUCAAGUACCUCUCGGAGCUAGAGGAGUGGCGCCACGAAAAUCGAGGCUUGGCCCUGUUGCUCACCGUGGACACGCUCAUCCGCAAGAAGGUUCAUCGAGUCAGUUCUGACCAGCGCAAAAGUUUUGGAUCAUUCUCUGCGGCUCUGCUAGAGGUGCUCGCGAACCACAAGCAACUCUGGAAUGAUGCUCGCUCCAGUGCCGAGCUGGACAAGUUCAAACAGGCGGGUCAAUUCCCGGCUCCUUCAACUCCAGCCAAGAAGCGCUCGCGGUCUCGUUCGGGUUCAGCAGUGAAGACUUCUCCGAAAGCCAAGAAGAACCGUGCUCGGAGGGUCAGGCAGAAAGCUCAGCUCCAGAAGGCCAAGGACGUUCUCAGCAAGAGUUCUCCCAAGGAAUCCGCCUCUGGGGCCGCUCGGCCUGCACGCGAUGAGCGUGUGCCAGCCAAGGAGUGGCAGAAGAUCACGGCUUUCAAAUAUGGGGGCCAGGUGGCCUUAGAGGCUCGGCCACCUGGCACUUGGGUCGAUCGACCGGCCGCCCCAAGUGACCGCUCUGCCAGUGAUUUGAGUCAGAGCGUGAGUGAGGCAGCAGAGUCUGAUCAGCCCUCCUUUGCCUGGUCCAAAGGCCUAGAUGGAGUUCCUGCGUUGCAUGCUCGGGGGCCCUACUUUUUGGAGCUCUUCUCGGGCACGGCGGGCCUGUCUGAGGCUGUUCAGCUGCGCGGCGUUCCCACUUUGCCGCCGGUUGACAUCGUGGUCUCCCCCCUGGUGCCAGAACCAGUGGACCUCAUUGACAUGAUCACGUGGUCUACAGUGCUGAAGGUGCUCACCUCAGGUUUGGUCUUCUUCUUGCAUUGUGGGACACCGUGCAAUACCUUCACGGCAGCUCGGAAGCUUGACGGUGGGCCUCCGCCGUUGCGAUCGGCGCUCCGUCCUAUGGGUUUGCCGGAUCUGUCACAGGACAACCAGUGUUUAGUCCUGCUUGGUAACAUUUUUCUUUCCAGGUCGGCUGAAGCUUGUUUCAUUGUUUUUCAUUUUGGGGGGGAUUUCUCGAUCGAAAACCUUCUCCUUAGUUUGAUUUGGGUCACUGCAAUCAUGGAGCAACUAGUGGCCGAUACUCGUGCUCUUGCGCUGGACUUUGAUCAAUGUGCUUUUGGGGCCUUGUCGCUGAAGCCGACGCGGCUGCUAUGCUCUUCUGAACUGCUCGACGACGUUCAGAUGCGCUGCCCGGGCGGUCAUCGCCAUGUGAAGCUCAAGGGCAAGAUGCGGGAUCCCCAGACUGGCUACUGGGUCUUUCGGACCAAAGCUGCUCAAGUUUAUCCAUGGGCUCUGUGCGCUACUAUGGCAGAGGUGAUUGCGGCUCUCUACAAUGAUGCGCUGGCGCACUUCGCUCCGUCCUUUGCGCUCACCACACCGGCAAGCGAUCGCAAGCGCCCCCUUGGGUCAGGCAAGCCUUGGCUUGGUCAUCGUCAAGAGGCCACAGCUCUGAAGGCGCAGUGGGCUGGCUACCAGCUCAAGCGGGGUGCCGCCAAGCCCCUCUUUGAGUUUGAGCUCGAGCCGGGCCAGGCGAUUGAAUUUGCGCUCCGGGUGCCACACCCUUUCACUCAGAGCGUGCCUCUGGAUGAUCAGUCGUGCCGAGCUUUGGUCAGGCUGCAGCGUGAUGCAUCUGUUAUCCUGCACGAGCGUGCCCAGCUUUUGCAAUUUUGGGAACAGCGGGCUCGGGCACUGCUGCCCCGCUCAGUGGCUCUGAUCCGGCGUCAUCCUGAUCCUGCUCUACGCCGUCUACUUCUGGGUGCGCCUGAAGAUCAGGCGCCGCAGUUGGGGAAAGUGUGUCACAUUGAGCUCUAUGCCGAAAUGCUGCGUGAGGUGCGCUCAGUGGACAUGGAGCUCCCUCAAUUUCUUCUGCAUGGCUUCCCGAUCGUGGGCCCGAUCGCCCCGACCGGCCGGUGGCCUCCCUACGAGAAGACUCAGAAGGUCGUCCCCGUGGAGGAGGCAUUGAAGCGGGCCUGGGAUCUGAGGCGGAAGAUUGUCAACCGUGUCCACGCAGUACCUGUCACACAGAAUUUGAUCAAGAUUUGGGAGGCAUCGCUCGAGGAUGCGAAUGAAGGCUCGUGUUUGGGACCGUUUGCGUCCGAAAGUGAAGUGUCCAAGAUCUUGGGUUGCGAAGACUGGAUCCCUACGCAAAGGUUUGAGGUAGUCCAGAAGAACAAGGUUCGUGGAUGCGACAGCGCCACCACCAACAUGAUCAACCAAGUCACGGAGAUCUCUGAGAAGCUCCAGCUGCCGUCAACGGACUCUAAUGUGGCUGCACUGAGGCGUCUACGCUCGUUGAAGCCGGAAGAAGCUCUCUGCGGUUGGGUCCUUGACGAGCGAAAAGCUUAUCGCCAAGUGGCAGUGAGACCUGAUCAGAGGAAGUUUUCUGUGAUUUGCUUGAAGAACCCUGAGGUUGGCUCCCCUCAUUUCUUCAUCAUGGUGGGUCAUUCUUUUGGUCUGGUAUCUGCUGUCUAUAACUACAAUAGAAGGUCUGCUGCGAUCAACGAGAUCUUGGUCUCUUUGUUUGGUUUGCUCGCUUUCAGUUUCUAUGAUGAUAAGUACGGCUUCGAGCCGGCCUCGACAGUGGCCAGCGCCAAGCAGAUCGCUGAGAGUGUUCACUUCUGGCUAGGCGCCCAGUUUGAUCAGAAGAAGCUGCAGCUAUCCAGGUCACCCACGAUCCUGGGCGUUACUUACAACCUGGAGCUUAUGCAACUGGAGAUCAAGGCCGAUCGGAAAGAAGAGCUCUCUAGCGAAAUCGACGCGAUCUUGGCCUCUGGUUUACUGGAUCCGGGCUCUGCGGGGAAGCUGAAAGGCAAGCUCAUGUUUGGUGCCUCGCAGCUAUGGGGCAAGGUAGGCCGUGCAUUUCUCAGAGUGAUCUCGGAACGGCAAUACUUGCGCUUCCCGAUCGGCUCAGAGUUCAAGCUGGACCCGCCCUUGCGUGAGGCUCUAUUGCAAUGGAAGAAGCUUGUUCAGCAUGGUCCCCCACGGCCUAUUGACAUGGUCGGCGAAAAGUGCUCAGACGCGGUGAUCUUCACGGAUGGAUUCACCCCGGAUCCUCGCUCUGCAGAGAAGCUGCCCGAUCGUGUUGGUGCAGUCCUGUUUGAUCGGCGCUCCCGCAGGCCUCAGCAGUUCACUGCUGUAGUGCCUGAGGAAGUGAAAAACAGGUGGCUCACCCGCAGCACUCAGAUUGUUCCGGUUGAAAUGAUCGCUGCCGUCUUGGCGAUGGAAACCUUCGCUGAUCGGAUCCGAGGUGCAGACAUUUUGUUGCUCAUAGAUUCGGAAGCCGUGGAGUCUGCGUUGAUCAAGGGAUACUCAAGCAAAGAAGAUCUUUGCCAUAUCAUUUCAGUGUUUUGGGACCUAGCUUUUCAGCUGCGAGUUAGAGUGUUCAUCGAUAGAGUUUCGACAGACGCCAACCCAGCUGAUUGGCCUUCCCGUAACAAACUCCAUUUAGGCGAAGCGGUAGGAUGGCAGACUGUUCAAGUGAUCUGGCCGUCGGCCUUGAAGUAG